UGGAAUGUCGCAGACAGAGGGCAAUUUCAGACCGGCCACCGGCAACGUAUUUUUCCGCCACCGUCUCGAACGCUCGUCAAGACCAGACACCGAAUUUCAGUCCAGGGCAGCAAAAGUUGUGCAAAUGACUGUAGAGUGCAUGUGAUGCUACAAUUUUGCAACAAUAAUGCAGGAGGCUAAAGUUCUGUGCAGCCUUCUCUCGUGCUUCCAGGGUCUUUACCCCAGGUUGCGCCAAUCUUCCGGUAGUAGCUGCAAUCUGGAUGCUGAGAUAGAUUGCAGGAGUGCGUGGGGAUAUGAACUUUUGUGGGUGAUGCGGGAAGAUAGAUUAAAACCUAUGGGGUGCAGAUGCUUCCAGAAGGGACAUGCUCAUGCCUUCAUCUACAUGCCCUAUAGGGACAUAUGGGCGCAAUCAUCAGGAGCGAAACGUGAUUGUGUAAACCAGCCGGAAGGGGUAGUUGAUGCAGGAUCGCCCGGGGCUGAUUGGGAAACGCUGACGGCGUCUUACGACAUGGACCUGUCUCGUGUCGCCACAGAGGUGCAGCAGUGGUGCAGGUGGGUCAGUAAGAGACUCAGGUCAUCUCGUACUCCGCCUCGAACUCUCUUUAAUUAGUGAGCCUUGGUUCUGACUGUGCCUGUUGGAGGGGGCAGUGGG